CACAAUCAAGAGCUAUCUCCAAGGUCAGCCGGGCAGCGACAGGCGUAGCGCUCAAGCCGGCGGCAAGAGCAGCGAGCAGCUGGUGUUGGCUUCGAGAUCGGGUGGAGGGAGCGGCAGACAGCGCUUGAUGCGCACGCGCUCGGGCCUCCUUCCACAGCCGGCGACCAGGUCGCGACCGGCCAUGCAGCAUCGCACCGUUUCGGGCUGUGCGGCAGUGCUGCGGCAUCAAGCGCUGCUGCACACUGCUCGUCGUUGUUGCCGGACUGGACGAGUGCAUCUGCGGGCAGUCGCACGCCAGACUCCCACGCGCGCUGGCCCCGUGCGGCCGCCGGACUCGCCGUCACAUCCCCAUCGCCCACGCGGCCUGAGCGCGGCACACGCCGUCACACCGCAGCAGAGCAGCGGCAGCGACGACGGCUCGCUCGCUGCCUGCUCGUGACGUCUGUGUCGUGCGCCGGCAGCGUGAGAGGUGCCUGGCGCGUGCGCGUCUCGCAGAUCCGAGCCCGCUGUGGCGCACGCUGCGCUCGCCACCGCUAUAUACUCGCGCU